ACCAUUUCCUACACCAAGUAUUCCGUAACUGAGAGAACAAAGAUGGCGGAUUGAUGCGUGUAUCAAUUAAAAAGGUUUGAAAGGGAGUUUAUUUUGUCGAAGAAAGGUUCAAACUUGAAAGUAAAUGAAAUGGAUGUAAAAAUUUUAAAUCCUUUGGAAGUGCUGGCCGAAGAUAACAAACUAUGUUGUGAGGGGUCAGAGGGGACAGAAAAAACUACUGCAAAUGGCAUGUCUAAUCAAAACAUCAACAAUUCCGAUUCCUUACCUGUAUUAAAUGAAACAGAAUUAUUACAGUUUAAAGAAUCUCAAAUAUUAUGUCAACCUCCUGGAGGAAGUACAGAUAAUGAUUGCGGGGAAACAUCUGAAUAUUCCAAUACAAAGUGUUCUGAGACUGAAUUGCAAACUAGGAAUAUUCCAUAUUCUGGGCCAUUUGAAAAUAAUAAUCCUGAAGAGUCUGAAGUGACAAAUACUUUAUUGAGAUAUGAAAUUAACUUCAGCACCCCACCUGUCCAAAUAACAGGAGCAUGGAGGGAUUUUGAGGGAUCUCCAGAGAAUUUUCUAAAGGGCUGCAAAUGGUCACCUGAUGGAACAUGUAUUCUAACAUGUAGCAAUGACAAUACACUAAGACUUUUUAAUCUACCAACUGAAAUGUAUUCAGGUUUUUUUUCUCUCGAUGUAUUACCAGAAAUGAGCUCUGUGCUUCAAAUGAAAGAAGGAGAAACAAUUUAUGACUAUGCUUGGUAUCCCAAAAUGUCCUCUUAUGAUCCUGACACAUGUUGUUUUAUCAGCAGCAGUAGAGAGCACCCUUUGCAUUUGUGGGAUGCUUUCACUGGACAAGUACGAUGUUCAUACCGAUCUUUUAAUAAUAUGGAUGAGAUUGUAUCUCCUCACUGUGUGGCAUUUAAUUCUGAUGGAAGUAAAAUAUAUUGUGGAUUUGACAAAAUGGUCAGAGUUUUUGAUACAUCCCGACCUGGAAGACAAUGCCAGCAACGGCGAACAGUAAGUAAGAAACAAGGUCAGUUUGGUAUCAUCUCAUGUAUAGCAGCAUCUCCAGAAAACAAUGGCCUAUAUGCUUGUGGAUCGUUUUCUAAAUCAGUUGGUCUCUACAAUGAACCGAAAGGAGAUCUAAUGAGUCUAGUUGAAGGACAUCAAGGUGGAGUGACACACUUAGCAUUUUCCCAUGAUGGACAGAGGUUGUACAGUGGAGGACGAAAGGAUAACGAAAUCAUAUGCUGGGACAUGAGAUAUCCUGGUGCUAUCUUACAUAAAUUAUCAAGAUUUGUCAAAACGAACCAAAGGAUGUAUUUCGAUAUUGAUAGUUCUGGUAAAUACGUAAUCUCUGGCAAUCAUGAUGGAACCGUGAGUGUUUGGGAUACCUAUGUUUCUUCUGACGUCAUUUUACCGUGUGGCAUGACCUACAUUGCUCAUGAUGAUUGUACUAAUGGCGUAAGUUUCCAUCCAAGUCUGCCUCUCCUGGCCACCGCCUCCGGACAACGAAAAUUUGUGAUAAAAGACGAAUUUGAAAAUGGUGAGAAUGAAGAUGAACAGACAAGAUGUGACUGCUCGUUAAGACUUUGGAAACUUAGUUGUAACUCUCAGACGUCGAUGGAUUAAUUAUGCUGUUUAAUGACAGACAUCUCGGUGACAGGGCUGAAGAAUUGCUUGCCAGAAGAAGUGGGUUCCCCAACUACACUUACCAAGGAUUAAACUGUUUUCGAAUAGCAGAUGGCGUAACUUACCAAGGGUUUGCCACAGUUGUGUGUCCCCAUGCGACAUAACUUGCAUUGGUGUCUCGAGCUGGGGAUAUUCCUGCGCAGUAAACCUGGAAAUUUGUGCAUCACAAAGUUAUCAAGAUACAUGUAGGAUUUGUAGGUACCUAUGUACCAAUUGCCUGCGUGCGAGUACAUCAGCAGAGUGCAGAUGGAAAUUUACAAGGAAUAUUAAACAGUUGUGAGUUGCUUACCUGAUUAUUCAAAGCCCUUGAAACAUGAAAAGGAAAAAAUAAACUUAUCUCAACUAUCUAACGCACGAAGCGAGCGCGGAGAUUUGAAAGGUGGUUUGCAGCUAAUCAUUGAGAAUGACAUUUCAUACCUGCUUCGCACGAGCAGUUCCCAAUGCGCGGGACCAGUUGUCAUGUUGAAAGCUCCUGGAUACAGAAGUAAUUUACAUCCUAUAAAGAAUAUUUCUAAUUUAAUUCGUUCAUCUGAAGUAGAGUUAUUUUUGUCAAUAUAGAAACUAUUUAUGGGGGAAUAUAAUUCUAUAUAAAUGCCAGCCAGCACUAUGAAUGGCCAUAUAGGUGGGGUAGGGGCUCUGUAGAGGGGUCACAUCCCCUCCUGAUACAUGCCCCUGAUUGGUCUAAAAGUUCUUACCUUGUUUUGCAUAAAGCUGUGCCAUUUCAGAGAAUCGAAUGUCAUAGCAAAUUCCCAGGCCAACCUUGCAGUAUGCUAAAUGUUAACAUGAUAAUAUCUCCCUUGAGGAAGUUUGAUUAUGGUAUUUAAAUUGAGAAAGGUUAUUUUUCAAAAUUUUACUUCAAAUAAAGCAUAAAACAUACGAGUGUC